UCUGCACUCUAAAUACGGAUUUUGGACUCCUAGCUCAAACCCCACUGGCCUUUUUCUCUCUCUAAAACAAGGUUUCUCUCUCUCUCUAGCAUGACUGAGGCCCUUUCUUUCUCUGUUACGGUGAUCUUCGCCUUAUACAUAGCUUAGCUCCUGUCUCUCUCAGUUCAUUCUUGGGUUUUGCUAAGGAAUCUGAACUAAUCUCUCUCUACAGUUCUCAUCUCUCUCUCUCUCUAGAUUAUGGAGUAUCAGGGUUUCAGUUCAGAUCCAUCUCUUGUUGCUUAGGAAUCUGAGCUCUUACGCUCCCGUACUCAGCUCAAUCUCUCUCACUCUCUAUCGCUUUCUCUCGCUAACGAGCUUGGGCAGUUGUUCCAUUCUUCUCUCUCUACUUGGUUUUUUUCACUGAGCUCGAACUUUCACUGCCUUCCACUUCGGUUUUAGCUCCUCUCUCUCUCUCUACCAACUUGGGUUCAGCUCAAGUCUCUCUUUCUCUCUCUAAAAUAAAGAAGGAGAACCAAAAGCACACCCCAAAAUGGAUUGCUCAAAUAAUUGGCUGGCAUUUUCUCUCUCUUCGAAUCCCCCUCAUCAGACCCCUCCCGAACCUUCCCCUCAACUCUGCCUCCUUGAAGCCUUCAACACAAGCGGUUGGCCGAAAGAUAAUACACACAGAGAAGAAGGGAGCGGUGGUGGUGAUCUAUCCAUGAUAGCAUCAGCUGCACCACCAAAACUGGAGGACUUCCUCGGUGGCGCUUUCUCAGGCCAUUAUUCUGGCGACUUCUCCGGCAACCACGCCAGAAAACCGAACACCAACUACGAUUCCGAUCUGAAAUCCAUAGCUCAAGGUGUCCUCCAAGUAUUUCCCACCAGUCAAUCGGAAGUUGAAAAGUCCAUUUUGGCUUCUGAUUCUUCUACAAAGAAAUCAAUCGACACAUUUGGCCAAAGAACUUCGAUCUACAGAGGAGUUACAAGGCAUAGAUGGACUGGGAGAUAUGAAGCACAUCUAUGGGAUAACAGUUGCAGAAGAGAAGGACAAUCACGGAAGGGGAGACAAGUGUAUUUAGGGGGUUACGACAAGGAAGAGAAAGCAGCAAGAGCCUAUGAUCUAGCUGCUCUAAAAUACUGGGGUCCAAGCACCACAACCAAUUUUCCGGUGUCCAACUAUGAGAAAGAGCUGGAGGAGAUGAAGAAUAUGACCAGACAAGAAUUUGUUGCGUCUCUAAGAAGGAAAAGCAGUGGGUUUUCGAGAGGUGCUUCAAUUUACAGAGGGGUUACAAGGCACCAUCAGCAUGGGCGAUGGCAAGCAAGAAUAGGGAGAGUUGCAGGGAACAAAGAUCUUUACUUGGGAACUUUCAGUACACAAGAGGAAGCAGCCGAAGCCUACGACAUAGCAGCCAUAAAAUUCAGAGGCCUCAACGCUGUAACCAACUUCGACAUGAGCCGAUACGAUGUAAAGAGCAUAGCAAACAGUAAUCUCCCCAUCGGUGGAAUCACUAACAAAACCAAGGCUUCCUCUGAAUCAAGUUCUUCAGACAUCAAAACCCUUGAAACCAAGCUCACAGACGAGCAGGAGCUGAGCUCUCUGAGCCCACAAUCUGAGCCGAUAAGCUUCGCCAUUCCCAUCAAACUCGACCACGACUGGUCUCUCAUGGGCUAUCAAAACCCUAGCAGAAUAGAGCCUUUCCAUAACGUCUCUUCUAUGACUUCCUCCGCCAUUAAUGAGGCUCCCUUGACAAUGGAUUUCUCCACGAAUUCCUCGACUUAUCAGAGCAACAACUGCUUCAUCAAUGGCGGGUUCACGGCCCAACAGAGCUUGCCAAGCGUGACUUCGAUCGAUUCCGAGAAUGGGAAGGCUCUGUAUUAUUUGUAUCAAAAUCCGUCAAGUUUGUAUAGAUCAAGCGCGUGCGAGAAUGCUGGUUAUGGAGCAUGGGUUGCACCGCCGUUGCCGGCUUUUCCGAGCUCGAAGACGCCGGGCCUUGCUCUUUGCCAAACCCCCAUUUUCGGAAUGGAGUAGGGGGAAUGUGAGUUUCGAGGGUUCUACCGAUCUUUGUUAACAAGAAAUAUCCAUCUUACAGGCUUGUUUCCUAGCUGAUUCACUCUUCUGCUGACGAAAUGUUUUUUGUUUAUCACAAAUGAAACGUUUAACUUUCACCA